AUGCUGCAGGUAUCAGAGGUUCUGGAUGAGUUGGACCUGGAGAAACUUGGUGGCUGGUGGUUCCAAAAGGCUGAAUGUGAAGUUUUGGCCUCGGCUCUGAAGUCCAGCCCAGAUCUGACUGAACUGGAAAUAAGUCGGAUCGACAUAGAUAAAGGUGGAGACUCUGAUCUGAAGCCUCUGGUUGAGAUCCUGGAGAGUUCAGUCAGUAAAGUGAAGAAUCUGAGAUUGAAUUACUGCAGUUUGUCAGAGACCAGCUGGACUUCUCUGUUCUCAGCUCUGAAGUCCAACCCGACCCAUCUGACACUACUGGACCUGAUCAGCAUCAACCUGGGAGAUUCUGGAGUGAAGGAGCUCUGUGGUUUUCUACAGACUGAAGGCUGCAGACUGAAGACAUUGAUUUUGGAGAACUGCAGUUUGUCAGAGACCAGCUGGACUUCUCUGUUCUCAGCUCUGAAGUCCAACCCGACCCAUCUGACAAGACUGUGCCUGAGCUGGACCAACCUGGGAGAUUCUGGAGUGAAGAAGCUCUGUGGUUUUCUACAGACUGAAGGCUGCAGACUGGAGACAUUGGUAUUGCAGUUCUGCAGUUUGUCAAAGAUCAGCUGUGAUUAUUUGGCCUCAACUCUGAAGUCCAACCCGACCCGUCUGACAAAACUGGACCUGAGAGGAAACAACCUGAAGGAUUCAAAUGGUCGGCGGCUGAAGAAGCUUGUAAAGACUUUAGAGUUCUGUCCACAGUCUGUCUACAGAAGACCUUACUGUGAAUAUGACUGAUCUCUGUGAAGUAGAGAAUGGUCUCAGUGUCCUGCUGAUCCUCAGAGGUUGAGGCUUGCAG